UAUACUGACAGUUACAAGCAAGUUUUAUGGAGCACAAUGCAUCUGCAUUUAGAAUUAUGUCGUAUUGCACGCGAAUUGAAUUUUAUAUUCGGAACGCAAAUGACUUUCGAACUUACGACAUACCUAUUGUUUUUAACAGCAACGUGUUAUUACAUGUAUGGAAUGAUAAUGCGAAAAGAUCGAGCGGAAAUAUCAAUAACUGCAUGGUAUCAUAUAUCAUCAUGGGCCAUUGUAUUUGUGGCAAAACUCUUUACCAUAAAUUGCAUUUGUGAGAAUGUCAGUGUUAAGGCUAAUAAAAUUGACAAAGUAGUUCAUCGAUUGAUAAAUGCUGCUCAAUAUUCUGACAUUAGGAAAGAGAUAUAUCAGUUUACUUUACAAAAAAUGCAUAAUCCGCUAAAGUUUACUGGAAUGGGCCUUUUCUACUUUGGCAAUCAGUUUCUUCGAAAGUGCUGCAUGACAAUUACAACGUUCAUGAUUAUCAUGAUACAAAUGUAUAACGUUUAAAAUAUUUGUGUUCAAAAAGCAAUAAUUUAGGAAUU